GUAAAGAAAUCGAGGAUUGGCAGGGAGGGGAGAGGGUUUGUGCUGCUGGCGGCUGCGCUCUGGAUCGCGCACAAGUGUAUCCCCGCGGUUGCUGCGUCGCGCACACGGAGGAGAGGAGAGGAGAGGAGAGGAGAGGAGAUGGAGGUCGGUUUCUUGGGGCUGGGCAUCAUGGGGAAGGCAAUGGCGACCAACCUCCUCCGCCACGGCUACCGCGUCACCGUCUGGAACCGGACCCUCGCCAAGUGCCAAGAGCUCGUCGCGCUCGGGGCCACCGUCGGGGAGACGCCCGCCGCCGUCGUCGCCAAGUGCAGAUACACCAUCGCCAUGCUCUCCGACCCCAGCGCCGCCCUAUCCGUUGUCUUCGACAAGGAUGGCGUGCUCGAGCAGAUCGGGGAUGGCAAAGGCUAUAUCGACAUGUCCACUGUCGAUGCCGCGACUUCGUCCAAGAUUAGUGAGGCAGUUAAACAAAAAGGCGGAGCUUUUGUUGAAGCUCCGGUUUCAGGGAGCAAGAAGCCAGCUGAAGAUGGUCAAUUGGUCAUUCUUGCUGCCGGGGACAAGACAUUGUAUGAUGAAAUAGUUCCUGCAUUUGAUGUACUUGGGAAAAAGUCGUUCUUUUUGGGAGAGAUUGGAAAUGGAGCUAAGAUGAAGCUUGUGGUCAACAUGGUCAUGGGAAGUAUGAUGAAUUCUUUGUCCGAGGGACUUUCUUUGGCCGACAAAAGUGGGUUGAGCCCCCAGGCACUUCUUGAUGUCCUGGACCUCGGCGCUAUCGCAAACCCAAUGUUCAAGCUGAAGGGGCCCGCAAUGCUGCAGGGCAGCUACAACCCUGCGUUCCCUCUGAAACAUCAGCAGAAGGACAUGAGGUUAGCUCUGGCCCUGGGAGAUGAGAACGCCGUCUCCAUGCCAGUCUCUGCAGCUGCGAACGAGGCAUUCAAGAAGGCCAGAAGUCUGGGGCUGGGGGACCUGGACUUCUCGGCGGUCUAUGAGGUAGUGAAGGGCGGUGCAGGUGGUUCAGGCCAGGCAUGAUGGGCUAUUGUUGGUCUCGUUCGGAUGCUAGAAUCACAUUCACAUGGCCGUGGUUCCCCAGUUUCUACGCAGAUUUGCAGCACUAUCUCUUUCGUGAUAAGUUUCUGUCAAAGGCAAUUGGCUCGUCAUGGUAGCGAUGUGUAUAUCCAGGAUCUGGAACCUGACCUCGCAGGAGAAAUAAAUCAGCAUUGAUUCUAGCGUACGUGCACGAUAUGGAUGUAACAUUGUAAUUGGAAACUUGGAAUUAGCUGCCUGCACCAGGAAUGGUUUUGUUGCAUUGAAGACGUAUGACAUAGAAUGACACUCCUAUCCUUUUUCA